CUAAAAAACUCCAAAUAGACAAUACUGUCAUUCAUGGUUCUUUUUAUAGAGCAAUAUCCAGGCCUUCAGCCUUCACCUCUGUUCCCUUUGAAAUAGACUUCACCGGGUAUCAUACUUCCUCUAGAGCUGGACGCAGAGAAGCUCUCACUGUACAAUAACUACAGUCUCCACUGAUAACAAAAUCAGAACCUCUCUCUCUCUCUCUGUUUCAUGCCCAUCUCUGUUUGCUCUUUCUCUCUCAGUCUUGUUUUUUUUCUCUCUAGCAAAUAAUGGAAAAGACAGAGGAGCCCAAUGCUAACAAGAAAUGCACCACCAAAACGAGAGGUUUCAGGGGCAGAGCAAACCCCCCCAAGCAUCAGUACCAGUAUCAGCAUCAGCUACUACAGUACUCAAAUCAGUAUGGGUUCAGCAACCAGAACCAGUACCAGAGAUACUACCCAGCGCUGCUUCCCCUGCCUCCUCAAAUACCACUUCAGCUGGCUUUGACUCCACCUCUUCCUCAAAACCAGAGCUUCAGAACAAAAACCCAUCUCUACAAACCUUCAUGCAAGCUGAAUAACCCUCCUCUUGUCGCCUCCUCAGAUACCCAGGUUCGAAAUGUCACAAUUUCAACAGCUCCAGAGGGACUCGUAAGGCCAAAAAGUUUACCCCCUAAAGGAGAUAAUGGAAGAAGGGUCAUAGGUGCAAGGACAUCACAAGCACUAGUGACUGCAAGAAGACCAGAUUCAGGCGGUGUAGAAGGGCCAGUUAUCUCUCUCCUAGCCAACCAUUUUCUUGUCCAAUUUGAUUCAUCUCAACGAAUUUUCCAUUACAAUGUCGAAAUCUCUCCUAAUCCCCCCAAAGAAGUUGCCCGAAUGAUCAAACAGAAAUUGGUUGAGGAAAAUUCGAUUGUGCUCUCCAGUUCUUUUCCGGCCUAUGAUGGUCGAAAGAACCUUUACAGCCCCGUCGAAUUCCAAAAUGAUAGGCUUGAAUUCUAUGUAAGCCUCCCACUCCCCACUAGCAAGUCAACUUUGCCAAAAGGAGAAUUCAAUGACUUGCUAGAGAAGCCUCAAAAGCUUAAACUAUUUCGGAUAAACAUCAAACUUGUGUCGAAGUUUGAUGGAAAGGAGUUAACUAGUUACUUGAGCAAGGAGGGAGAUGAUUGGAUCCCGCUUCCUCAAGAUUAUCUCCAUGCUUUGGAUGUUGUUUUAAGGGAAAGCCCGACAGAGAAAUGUAUUUCUGUUGGGAGAUCACUAUAUUCAAGUUCAAUGGGAGGAACUAAAGAUAUUGGGGGUGGAGCUGUUGGAUUCAGGGGGUUCUUUCAGAGCCUUCGUCCAACCCAACAAGGACUUGCUCUCAACGUAGAUUUCUCUGUGAGUGCUUUUCAUGAAAGCAUUGGAGUAAUCCCCUACUUGCAGAAGCGUCUUGAAUUUCUGCGGGACCUUUCUCAAAGGAAGACAAGGGGUUUAAAUGGUGAAGAGAGGAAGGAAGUGGAGAAGGCAUUGAAGAACAUCAGGGUCUUUGUUUGCCAUAGAGAAACUCUUCAGAGAUAUAGGGUCUUUGGCUUAACUGAGGAAGCUACUGAAAAUCUUUGUUUUGCAGACAGGGAUGGGAAGAACCUGAGGGUGGUGUCUUACUUCAAGGAGCAUUACAAUUAUGAUAUACAGUUCAGAAACAUGCCAUGCUUGCAAAUUAGUCGGAGUAAACCGUGUUAUCUUCCUAUGGAGCUUUGUAUGAUUUGUGAAGGCCAGAAGUUUCUUGGGAAGCUUUCAGAUGAUCAGACUGCAAGAAUACUUAAGAUGGGUUGCCAGCGACCAAGAGAGCGAAAAGCUAUUAUAGAUGGAGUCAUGAGAGGACCUGUUGGACCAACAAGUGGCAUCCAAGGAAGAGAGUUCAAACUCGAUGUUUCCAGAGAAAUGACGCGAUUAAAUGGAAGAAUUCUUCAACCUCCCAAGUUAAAGCUUGGCGAUGGUGGCCAUGUGAGGGAACUGAUUCCUUCCCGCAAUGACAGACAGUGGAACCUUCUGGACAGCCACGUUUUUGAAGGAGCUAAAAUUGAAAGGUGGGCACUGAUAAGUUUCGGUGGCACCUCUGAGCAGAAGUCCUACGUUCCGAAAUUCAUAAACCAGCUAUCACAGAGGUGUGAACAACUAGGCAUCUUUCUCAACAAAAGCACAAUAGUUAGCCCCCAAUUUGAAUCAACCCAAGUGCUUAACAAUGUCUCCCUUUUGGAAUCUAAACUCAAGAAAAUACACAAAGCGGCAUCAAACAAUCUCCAGGUGCUUGUUUGUAUAAUGGAGAGAAAACAUAGAGGCUAUGCAGAUCUGAAGCGAAUUGCAGAGACAAGCAUUGGGGUUGUAAGCCAGUGUUGCUUAUAUCCGAACCUCAGCAAGUUGAGUUCUCAAUUCCUGGCAAAUUUGGCUCUCAAGAUCAAUGCCAAAGUUGGUGGAUGCACAGUUGCCUUGUACAAUUCAUUACCCUCUCAAAUCCCACGUCUCUUCCAGUCUGAUGAGCCAGUGAUUUUUAUGGGUGCUGAUGUGACACACCCUCACCCACUUGAUGAUUUCAGCCCAUCUGUUGCUGCUGUGGUUGGUAGCAUGAAUUGGCCAGCAGCAAACAAGUAUGUUUCAAGAAUGAGGUCCCAAACACAUCGACAAGAAAUCAUACAGGAUCUUGGUGCUAUGGUCUGGGAAUUACUUGAGGAUUUUUGCCAGGAAGUAAAGAAACUCCCCAAUAGAAUAAUCUUCUUUAGGGAUGGGGUAAGUGAAACCCAAUUUUAUAAAGUACUCGAAGAGGAGCUGCAAGCCAUUAGAGGCGCAUGUUAUAGAUUCCCUGGCUAUAAGCCUCUCAUCACUUUUUCAGUAGUCCAGAAGAGGCAUCACACAAGGUUGUUUCCCUUUGAAACCGAUCCAUCUUCCACUCAAAACCAGUUUUUUGAUGAAAAUGUUCCUCCAGGCACAGUGGUUGAUACUGUGAUUACUCAUCCAAGGGAAUUUGAUUUCUAUCUUUGUAGCCAUUGGGGUGUGAAAGGAACAAGCCGGCCAACCCAUUACCAUGUCUUGUGGGAUGAAAACCAGUUCACUUCUGAUGAACUACAGAAGCUGGUUUACAGUCUCUGCUACACAUUUGUGAGAUGCACCAAACCAAUUUCCUUGGUGCCUCCGGCUUACUAUGCCCACCUUGCUGCAUACAGAGGCAGACUUUACCUUGAGCGGUCAGAGAAUACAGGAUAUAUGAGAAAUGCUUCAACACUCUCCCGAGCUGCCCCUCCAAAAGCUACUCCCCUACCAAAACUUAGUGAAAAUGUCAAGAAACUCAUGUUCUACUGCUGAUUUUUCUUGCUCUCGUUGCAUUCAAAAUUCUAAACUAUAUGACCCCCCAUACAAUUGAAUUCCAGAGAGAUGUAGUCUAAUACGAUUGCAUAAGCUAGCUAGUUCCCAAUUAUGACUAACUUGUAGGUCAAUUCAAGGAUGAAUUGCUAAUUAUCUGGCAGCCUUUCUAGAUGAUGCAAAUUGUGGUAAAAAAAUUCCUUACAUUUAUCGAGAA